AUGGUCGGAGAACUCAGCCGUGAAGGUUCACUCAGCCUGGUCGAGGAGAGAAGCAGUGAUGAUAUCGAGCAACUUUCGGAGUCUCAGACCCUUCUUCAACAGAAUGAAGAGACGGUCUGGAGGCCCCCCAAAGGAUUUGUAUGGAUUCAAGUCGCAAUCUUGGCCAAUGUAUUAUUGUCAGGGUUUGAUGGGACUAUUACGGUCUCAACAUAUGCCCUUAUCAGCUCUGAGUUCAACGCGGCCAACACUGCCUCUUGGCUGACGACAUCUUAUUUGAUCACGAGUACAGCGUUUCAGCCAAUCUAUGGGCGAAUGUCUGAUAUCUUUGGACGAAAGCCGUGCUUCUACGUCUGCACCGUUUCUUUUCUUCUUGGCUGCCUUGGUUGUGGAGUCGCGCAGGAUGUGUUUUCGCUGAACAUCAUGAGAGCUAUUACUGGCAUCGGAGGCGGUGGUCUUAUCACGAUGGCAACUAUCAUCAAUUCUGACUUGAUUCCAUUCAGAAAUCGAGGGAUGUACCAAGCCGCACAAAAUGUACUACAUGGAUUUGGGUCUAUCUGUGGUGCUUCCGUCGGUGGCGCAAUCGCCGAGACAAUCGAGAAAAGCAAUGACCACGUCUACUCGACUCUUGGAUGGCGAGGCAUAUGGCAGCAGGUGGAUAUCUUAGGAACAGUACUUCUCGUAUUAGCUCUUUCUGUUCAGCUUGUGGGCCUAAGUCUUGGAGGAAACGAGCUGCCUUGGAGUAAUCCAUGGAUUGUUUCGUCCUUGAUUGGAAGCAUGAUAUUGCUCGCACUUUUCCUUUGGACAGAAGCCAGAACAUCGGCUGCGCCAAUCAUUCCCCUUCGCCUCCUACAAGGGACAGUGCCAAUCUGUAUUCAGAUCGCCAACCUUUGUGUAGGCAUGGGAGCAUACGCUUUCCUUUUCAACCUUCCACUCUUCUUUCAGGUUGUCCUCUUGGAUUCAGCCAGCACCGCUGGUGCGAGAUUGGUCAUUCCUUCCUUGGCAACUCCAGUCGGAGGCCUCAUUGCCGGUAUCAUCAUGUCGCGCUGGGGUAGACUGUCCCAAAUUGUGCAAAUGGGGGCCCUGUUGAUGUUUAUCGGAAAUCUGCUAGUCGCGUUGCUCCGCUUCAAUGACGCGAAUUGGAAGUACUUUGUCUAUGUCUUCCCUGCCAACUUGGGACAAGGAAUGGUGUAUCCUGGUAUAUUGUUUAGCUUUCUGGCUACAUUUGACCAUACCGACCACGCCGUCUCCUCGUCAACUGUCUACCUCAUCCGCUCCCUGGGCAAUGUCUGGGGAGUUGCGAUAACUUCUGCCGUCGUGCAAAACCAAUUGAAAUCAGGCCUUGCCAAGGCUCUGAGUGGAAUACCAGAUCAAUGGAAAGUGGUUGAUGAAAUCAGACAUUCCGUUUCUGCGAUUUAUGACCUUCCGCCCGACAUUCAAAUGACUGCUCGUUCCGUCUAUUACGACGGACUACGAAUGUCGUUUGCCCUGUCGGCAUCGCUAUGCGCCAUUGCUGCCCUUGGAGCGCUAUUUGUCGGAAGCAAAGGACUGCACCGGCCGGGCGAUGGCAAGUAA